CCGUUCGCUUUCUCCCCUCACGAUUUCCGCUCCCUAGUCUCCACAUUUCUCCCAUUUCUUUAUUUUUUUCAAACUCUUCGUCUCUUCUCCACGGCGGCAGCGCCACUUGGAGUCCGCCCAGUCCAACCCCCUCCCGUCACGCGCCGGCGUUGGCCCAGCCGCCUUGCAGCUGUAGCAGCAGAUCAGUUCGGGGGCUUCGCGCACGCUCGCUGGCUGUUCGUGCCCAACAGCAGCCCCCAGAUGCGCGUUGGCUUGUUGAGAAGCGGGUGGUGGUGAUUUUAGUUGGGGAGGAAGCGGAAUGGGGUUCUGGGUGGGGCUGGCGGUCGGGGUCGCGGUGGGCAUCGCGCUCAUCGUGGGCUUCGCCCGCUCCGAGAACUCCCGCUCCGCCGGCCGCCGGCAGCUGGCUGCCACAGUUGCCAGUUUCUCUAAGAUGACGGUUGAAGAUUCACGGAAGUUACUUCCAGCUGACCUCUACCCAUCCUGGGUUGUUUUCUCUACGCAGCAAAAGUUAAAAUGGCUUAAUCAGGAGCUCAUAAAGAUAUGGCCCUUUGUGAAUCAGGCAGCAUCAGACCUCAUCAAAACCUCCGUUGAGCCUGUUCUUGAACAAUAUAGGCCAAUGGUCAUAGCUUCCCUCAAGUUCUCAAAACUGACUCUUGGUACUGUUGCACCACAGUUUACUGGUAUUUCUAUCAUUGAGAGUAACGAUGCAGGUAUUGUCAUGGAGCUGGAGAUGAAUUGGGAUGCCAAUCCAAGUAUCAUAUUGGAUGUAAAAACUAGACUUGGGUUGGCACUACCGAUACAGGUGAAGGACAUAGGCUUCACAGGAGUUUUCCGCUUGAUUUUCAAACCGCUGGUCGAAGAACUACCAUGCUUUGGAGCUGUUUGUUUUUCUCUGAGGAAGAAGAAAAAACUGGAUUUCAGACUGAAGGUAAUUGGUGGUGAUAUUUCUGCCAUACCUGGAAUUUCAGAUGCUCUCGAGGACACUAUAAAAAAUGCUAUUGAAGAUUCAAUAACAUGGCCAGUAAGGAAAGUCAUUCCCAUAAUACCUGGGGACUACAGUGAUUUGGAACUGAAGCCUGUCGGUACAUUGGAAGUCAAGCUUGUUCAAGCAAGAGAUUUGACAAACAAGGAUCUGAUAGGAAAAUCUGAUCCUUUUGCCAUUUUAUAUGUCCGGCCAUUACCAGACAAAACAAAGAGAAGUAAAACAAUCAGCAAUGAUCUCAACCCGAUUUGGAAUGAGCAUUUCGAGUUUAUUGUUGAAGAUGCUGAUACUCAGAGCGUGACAGUGAAAAUUUAUGAUGAUGACGGUAUUCAGGAAUCUGAAUUGAUUGGCUGUAUUCAGGUUAGCCUGAAGGAUCUUCAACCAGGCAAAGUGAAGGAUGUCUGGUUGAAACUUGUAAAAGAUCUGGAGAUUCAAAGGGACAGGAAAGAUCGGGGCCAGGUGCACCUUGAGCUACUCUAUUGCCCAUUUAACAUGAAGGAUGAGGCUCCAAAUCCUUUCAGACAACAGUUUUCGAUGACUUCCUUAGAGAGGACAAUGACGAGUAAUGGAAAUGGACAUGGAAAUGGAAAUGGAACAGGGAGCACAGAAUAUAGCAGGUUGUCUUCAAGGAAGAGAAAGGAAAUUAUUCUGCGGGGGGUUCUCUCAGUAACUGUGCUAUCUGGUGAAGAUCUCCCAGCAAUGGAUAUGAAUGGAAAGUCUGACCCGUAUGUUGUACUUUCUCUCAAGAAAACAAAAACGAAGUACAAGACAAGGGUUGUGACUGAAAGUUUGAACCCAGUUUGGAACCAAACUUUUGACUUUGUUGUCGAAGAUGGCUUACAUGAUAUGCUUAUGCUGGAAGUAUAUGAUCAUGACACCUUCCGUCGAGAUUACAUGGGACGGUGCAUCCUGACUCUGACUAAGGUUUUGAUCGAAGAAGAUUACACGGAUAGCUUCACCUUGGAGGGAGCGAAGACUGGAAAGAUCAACUUGCAUCUGAAGUGGUCGCCGCAAUCAAUCUACCGUGAUUCCCGAGAACCGGUUUAACUAUUGGGAGAGCCUCUGGUUUUAGUGUGGAUAUUGGAUUGACUGUUGGCCUUCUUUUUGAAAGCCAUCUGGUUCAGUCAUAAAUUUUCAGGUGUAAAUCGACCGGCAACAUUUUGACCCAGUGCAGAGUUAUGCUGUUGAUAGAUCGAAGUCUUCAAUGCAAUGGCAGUGAUCAGAUAAAGUUGUAAUUACCUUUUUAUGCCAUGCUCAGAGCACAUCUGUAACCCUGUCGAAACAAAUUGAGCUGUUGGAGCCAUUGGGAAUGAUUUAUCAGGCCCAUCAUGAUUAAUCCUUGAUAUUAUAUGCGAAUUAUGCCUUGCUAUUCA